UGACGUCAGGAGGCGGCGUGCGCGCUCGCGGCUCUUUGUGCGGUGCGGCCGCGGCGAUGCUGGCCGGGGGGAAGAAGGCCGCGGAGGCGGCGGGCGGUGAGGGCGGGCCUGAGGCCCCGGUGCCUCCGUCCGCUGCCGUGGGAGCGCUGGGUUCCUCCGCCGAGGGCGGCGGAGCCGCGGAGCGCACUCCUCGCAAGAAGGAGCCGCCCCGGGCUUCGCCCCCGGGAGGUGCGUCCGAGCCGCCCGCCGCUCCCGCGCCCGGCGCCGAAACCACCGGCAUCGCCGAGACCCCCGAGGGCCGCCGGACCAGCCGCCGCAAGCGGGCCAAGGUAGAGUAUAGAGAGAUGGAUGAGAGCCUCGCGAAUCUCUCAGAAGAUGAGUAUUACUCCGAAGAAGAGAGAAACGCUAAAGCUGAGAAAGAGAAGAAGCUGCCACCUCCACCUCCACCUGCUCCGGCAGAGGAAGAGAACGAAAGUGAGCCCGAGGAGCCAUCUGGGCAAGCAGGAGGACUUCAAGACGACAAUUCUGGAGGGUAUGGAGACGGCCAAGCAUCAGGUGUGGAGGGUGCAGCUUUCCAGAGUAGACUUCCACAUGACCGUAUGACAUCUCAAGAAGCUGCCUGCUUCCCUGAUAUAAUCAGUGGGCCACAGCAGACUCAGAAGGUGUUUCUGUACAUCAGGAACCGCACCCUGCAGCUCUGGUUGGAUAACCCAAAGAUUCAGCUGACGUUUGAGGCAACUAUCCAACAAUUAGAAGCGCCUUACAAUAGUGAUACGGUGCUCGUUCACAGAGUGCACAGCUAUCUGGAGCGGCACGGGCUGAUCAACUUCGGGAUCUACAAAAGAGUGAAGCCUCUUCCAACCAAGAAGACUGGAAAGGUGAUCAUCAUUGGUUCUGGCGUGUCUGGGUUGGCAGCAGCUCGCCAGCUGCAGAGUUUUGGGAUGGAUGUCACGGUUCUGGAAGCCAGGGACCGAGUGGGAGGAAGAGUUGCUACCUUUCGCAAAGGGAACUACGUGGCUGAUCUGGGAGCAAUGGUGGUAACGGGACUUGGAGGAAAUCCCAUGGCUGUGGUCAGCAAACAAGUGAACAUGGAGUUGGCUAAGAUCAAACAAAAGUGCCCGCUGUACGAAGCAAACGGACAAGCUGUUCCAAAAGAGAAAGAUGAAAUGGUGGAGCAAGAAUUCAAUCGUCUGUUGGAAGCCACCUCCUAUCUCAGUCAUCAGCUGGAUUUUAAUGUUCUCAAUAAUAAGCCUGUCUCCCUAGGUCAGGCUCUGGAGGUUGUCAUACAAUUGCAGGAGAAACACGUGAAGGAUGAGCAGAUUGAACACUGGAAAAAAAUAGUGAAAACACAGGAGGAGUUGAAAGAUCUUCUUAACAAGAUGGUGAAUUUAAAAGAGAAGAUUAAAGAACUCCACCAGCAGUAUAAGGAAGCAUCAGAAGUGAAGCCACCUCGGGAUAUCACAGCAGAGUUCCUUGUGAAGAGUAAACACAGAGAUCUGACUGCACUUUGCAAGGAGUACGAUGAAUUGGCAGAAACGCAAGGAAAGCUGGAAGAGAAGCUGCAGGAACUUGAAGCCAAUCCACCAAGUGAUGUUUAUCUGUCUUCAAGGGAUAGGCAAAUCCUUGACUGGCAUUUUGCAAACUUGGAAUUUGCUAAUGCUACACCUCUCUCUACGCUUUCUCUGAAGCACUGGGACCAGGACGAUGACUUUGAAUUCACAGGCAGCCACCUGACUGUGAGGAAUGGGUAUUCCUGCGUGCCCGUGGCCUUGGCAGAGGGGUUGGACAUUAAGUUAAACACAGCAGUUCGGCAGGUUCGCUAUACAGCUUCAGGCUGUGAAGUGAUCGCAGUAAACACUCGAUCUACUAGCCAGACGUUCAUUUAUAAAUGUGAUGCUGUGCUCUGUACCCUUCCCUUGGGAGUCCUGAAGCAGCAGCCUCCAGCAGUACAGUUUGUGCCUCCUCUCCCUGAGUGGAAAACUUCAGCAGUGCAGCGUAUGGGAUUCGGCAACCUUAACAAGGUUGUGUUGUGUUUUGAUCGUGUCUUCUGGGAUCCAAGUGUCAAUUUGUUUGGUCACGUUGGCAGCACUACUGCAAGCAGAGGGGAACUCUUCUUGUUUUGGAACCUGUACAAAGCACCCAUCUUGUUGGCCUUGGUAGCAGGAGAAGCAGCAGGAAUCAUGGAAAAUAUCAGUGAUGAUGUCAUUGUUGGACGAUGUCUGGCCAUCCUCAAAGGCAUAUUUGGCAGCAGUGCUGUGCCACAGCCCAAAGAGACUGUGGUGUCCCGUUGGCGUGCUGAUCCGUGGGCCCGGGGCUCGUACUCCUAUGUAGCAGCUGGAUCUUCUGGAAAUGACUAUGACUUGAUGGCUCAACCAAUUACUCCAGGGCCAGCCAUUCCAGGUGCUCCACAGCCUAUUCCUCGCCUGUUUUUUGCAGGAGAGCACACAAUUCGUAACUACCCUGCCACUGUACAUGGUGCUUUACUGAGUGGACUGAGAGAAGCAGGUCGCAUCGCAGACCAAUUUCUUGGGGCCAUGUACACUUUGCCCCGCCAGCCUACGCCUGGGGUCCCCACACAACAAGCUCCCAGCAUCUAAGGGAAUGAGGAGGGAUCAGAAGAGGAGUAACAAAGCCACGGAGCUGCUGCUGGGUGAACUGCUGGGGGUGAAGGCAUUCAUGUAGUCUGUUCAGAGCAUCUGCUGAAGGGACUCGGCCAUGAGUUACUGCGUUAGAAUGGCUUUACAAAAGCCAGUUGGCUUGGCAACCCUUGACAAAAACCUCGAAAAGCUAUUUCAAGUGUCAGCAUAUACAGAAUUCUUUACUACCAGCUUGGUCAGGGAGGUUUAUUUUGACUCUGUGGAUGCUUUUUGGAAGUCAGGCUCAUAGUUGGAAUUUUAGAGGGUUUUAUUCUACCUGUUCAUGUACUUACAAUCCAGUAAUUGCAGAAAAGGCCCUUUAGAAGUUGGCUUCUACAAACAGUAGCUUAGUGUAGAAUUUAUGGAAACACUUUUGCUUAAUUUUGUUCUGAAAAAUGUUUUCGACCAAUGUUGUUACUUCCCAGCAUGGAAGGAUUUGGUGCAGCCAUUUCCCUACCUGUAACAGCACAUCACACCCCUCCAAAGUGUGCUGAGCAUGCUGCUGUGUUAAACAUUUUCAACAACAGGAAUGACCCCAAUUGGAUAUUCCGAAGUUAAAAGCCAGGAAAAAUGACUCGUAUUUGGUUCUGUAGAAGCAGAGUUGCCCGGGCAGUAAGCUUGUGAAGGGCUUCAUCUCAUGGUCAGUGCGUGCUGCAGAUGGGCUGUGCAUGGUGGGUUUUCACCCCUUUCUUUCAAAGCCCAAAGGAAAUUCUUUUCUUUCUGCUGGGUUGAGGAGGCGAUAUUGCAGCUGCCAGGUUAUCCUGGAAGUGACUUGGACUUGUUUUCCUUCUCUCACUCAGUGCACAGAACAUUCUUCUCAUUGCAUAGAGAGCUCUUAUUGAAUCAUGUAGGGCCUUCUCUCUCCUUUCUCUAGUUAGCACUGUGUUUUUUCUUCUUCAAACUUUUCUCAUCUGUCUUCCUAGAGUUGACUUACAUCUCUCAAACCGUGGUCUCCUUUCUCACUUUUCUACUUCCCCUUUUUUAAAUAAUUCUUUGUUCUCUCUGCUCUGUGUGUACGUGUGUGAUCUGUCCCACCUUCUGUUCCACUGGUGGACUGGUACUCCCCCACUGCCUGCUCUUCCCUCUGCAGUUACACUGCUCACCUUGUCCUGAAGAAGAUGCACAGACAAAGAUGACUGCAGCCCCUAUUUAUUUAUAGCUGUGUUGGUUCUGUCUGCAGGCUUUCAGUCUUGGUAUCGUUGCUUCUACUGUUUUCUUGUGCCUCAUUCCUAGAGCUGGAGAUUGUUCUUCCUUCUGACUGUGUCUGUUAUCUUUAUAGGCAGAGCUUCUGAUGGGCACUGAGAACAGGGGCUCUCUGUUAUGGUGGGGGCAAUGGGAUAAAUCAGAGCUGGUUGUCCUUGCUUUCCCCUCCAGGAGGUGAGAGGGACUUGGUGGUGCUUGGUUAGGAACUGGAAGUCCAGCAGGGCACAGAGGAGCGGUGUCCAAGGGAAGAUUCAGAGGGCUUAGGCUUAUUUGAGACUUAAAGAUCCCCCCUUCUGCUUAGGUAAAAGCCUACCUGGAAUAGAACCACAGAAUGGUUUGGGUUGGAAGGGACCUUUAACAUCAUUUAGUUCCAACCCCCUGCUAUAGGCAGGGACACCUCCUUCUAGAGCAGGUUGCUCACAGCCCCAUCCAUCCUGGCCUUGAAUGUUUCCAGUGAUGGGGGCAUUCACAACCUCACUGCAACCGGUUCCAGCAUCUCACUGCCCUCACAGUGGUGAAUACUACUGAGAGAAAUGGUGUUCCGUGAUGACAGCGUCACAAGCCUCUAAAAUCCAUCAGCAGCUGAUCUGGUUUCUUGGCUGUUGUGAUGGAAGAUGGGAAGUGGAUCUGAGGAUCGGGUGCUGCACUCCGUAACGUGGCUUUCAGCCUCUGUAGGUCUCUGUAUUCAUAGGAUUGUUAAUGCUGCUGUCUAUGGCCAUGAGGACUGUCCUCCUCCUUUAGCAGUGUCAAACACUCAGACAAGCUCCUCUGGUCACUGGAAACUAAAAUAGUCCUUAGCAAAGAAAGCCAAACUAUAUUUUCCAAAGCCACAUCAGAUAACCAGUGUUCUUUUCAGAGUCAAUGUUCUCCUGCUUUAUGUUCAUUCUGACAGAGACUUAGCGGGUUAUUCUGUGGACCAAAUCCCUUUAAACGUGCAGUAAUUUGUCUGAGACAUUCACACGGAAACAAAUUUCCUUCCACGUGUUGCCAUUGCUUUCCAAGUGAACAGCUCAACGUACUCUGGGCUUUUAGGAGCUCUUGAGGAUCAGGACACAGAUGUGCUCCCUGCAUGGCCCAGGUUCUCAUGGUCAGUAGCACUGCUUGCACCCAAAGGAGACAGGAGCAGUGGUUGGGUGAAGGUCCCAGCCUGCUCCCUUUGUUUUUUGGUUGUGUCCUGGGGGGUUGCUGGGGUGGAGAAGCACCAUUACCCCACAGCCAGCUGAAGAUCUGCAGACUGGGGACAGCUGGCCCAGUGUGGGUUGACCUCAAGCUGAGGUUCAGCUCUGUCAGGCCAUGGGAUGAAGCUUCCUUCGCUCGUCCAGGAGCAGGAGUUCUCUGCUCCUUGCAGCACUCGUGUUCCUGAGCGUGUCUCCCAGCACUUAGCAGCCAUUUACCUGCAGCUUCUGUCCUCUAGGGGCUGACUUCCACCUGCCUCUGCUGGUGGCUCCUGCUCCAGGCUGGCAUUGAGGAGCGUGUUGCCCUGCUCUUUUUGCCAGGCUCUGUUUGGUGGACCUUUGGUACCACCUGCAAUGGCUGUUCCCAUCGAAGUGCUGCCUCUGCCAUUUUCCCAUCACCUGUGACCUGCUGAGGAGCAGGAAGAAUGGCAAUGGAAUGGAUCACCAGAUCUCCCUCUCAGCAUCCUUCCUCACAGCGUGGUCUCCUUCCAGCUGCUGCUGUGUGCUUGCCCUGAUGUCCCCAUGCAGCAGCUGAUCUGUUGGGACAGGUUGGGAUUGAAGGCAGCCGGGCUCCGUCCCAAAUGUGUGCGACGGACGCUGGCUGCACCCUCUGCUUGCAUUGCUCCCCCUCUGUGCUCAGGGACUCGCCACUUCUCGCUCUAUGGGUACGUGAACUGUAUUUCUGAGAAUAAAACUGAUUGGUGCUGUGUC